AUGAGUUCGAGCCAUCCGAGUCUGGCUUCAGUGACGGGGAAGAAGAUUUUGAAGAUGUACCUGAUGUUUUUGCUGGCUUCUGAUGAUGAUGCUGGUGCUGGUUCUGAUGAUGACGGUGGUGAUGGUUCUGAUGAUGACGGUGGUGCUAGUUCUGAUGAUGACGGUGGUACUCGUUCUAAAGAUAACGGUGGUACUGGUUCAGAUAAUGACGGUGGUACUCGUUCUAAAGAUGACGGUGAUGUAUGUUUUAAUGAUGAUGUUGGUGUUGGUUCUGAUGAUGAUGUGGGUGCUAGUUCUGAUGAUGAUGCUGGUGCUGGUUCUGAUGAUGACGGUGGUGAUGGUUCUGAUGAUGACGGUGGUGCUAGUUCUGAUGAUGACGGUGGUACUCGUUCUAAAGAUAACGGUGGUACUGGUUCAGAUAAUGACGGUGGUACUCGUUCUAAAGAUGACGGUGAUGUGGAGGGUGCCACAGCGGAACAUUUAUUCGAACUAGUGACAAAAUCCUUUGAAGAAUAUAAGAUCCCGUUCAAGAUCAUUAUUGGAUUUGCGUCCGAUGGAGCUUCAAAAUUUAUUGAAGAAUGCCCUGGUAUCUACAUCGUCUAUUCUGAUGAUGAUGCUGGUGCUGGUUCUGAUGAUGACGGUGGUGAUGGUUCUGAUGAUGACGGUGGUGCUAGUUCUGAUGAUGACGGUGGUACUCGUUCUAAAGAUAACGGUGGUACUGGUUCAGAUAAUGACGGUGGUACUCGUUCUAAAGAUGACGGUGGUACUGGUUCAGUUAAUGAUGGUGGUACUGGUUCUAAAGAUGACAGUAGUACUGGUUCUGAUGAUGGUGGUGCUGGUUCUGAUGACGAUGUGGCUGGUUCUGAUGACAGUGGUGCUGGUUCUGAUGAUGCUAUUGAUGAUUGGGAUGUAGGUAGUGACGGCGACGCAGAAACUGAUGAAUGA